AUGCCCUCCCAUCCGCCGGUCUAUUCCUUCGAGCUCUCGGGCGAGGAGAAAUUCCCGCCAUUGGAAUCGCUGUCGCUGGAUGGAUACCGCAUGACAGAUAAGGAGCGGGUGCACUGGCGAGAUAAACUUGACUGGUCCAACUUGCGAUUCCUCAGCUUGGGGCCUCAAAAGCACACGGAUCUGCUGAAUUACUUCACUGGGCAUGCCAACGCCCUCCGCAGUCUCACGGUGCAGAUGUGGGCCGGAGAAGGCCGGGAUCACUGCCCCGAGCUAGAGAGAUUCGUCCGGUCUUUCAAUACCCUAGAGCAGCUCACAAUCAAAGGGCAUUUCGCGUCCAUCAAGACGUUGAGUAACCACCCCAGACUUAAGCAGUUAUGCCUGCACACCAUUGAGCUCCCGAGGGAUGGUGGUGCCACCCGUCCAACAUUUAAUCUCGACGACCUAGUCGAACUCGAUGCAAACUGCCCACAACUCGGAGUACUGGAGAUCGAUGUCGAUCGUCGCACUGAAGUGGUGAGUACGGCCUAG